GGGUGGGGGGGGAGGGGGGGAGGAGAUAAGGGUGGGGGGGGGGAGGGGGGGAGGAGAUAAGGGUGGGGGAGGGGAGAAGCUGUGAGCCGCCCGCCCCGCUUUCACUUUCGCCUGCCGCUGGGCUCGGAGCAGGGAGGCAGUGAUGGCCACGGCCACCGUGUCGCUGGCCCGGGACAGCCUGACCUGCCCCAUCUGCCUGGAGCUGCUGAGCGAGCCGGUGACGCUGCCGUGCGGCCACAGCUUCUGCCGGCCGUGCAUCGGCCGCCACUGGGAGGUGCAGCAGCGCGGCGCCGGCGGCUGCAGCUGCCCGAGCUGCCGGCGCAGCUUCGAGCCGCGGCCGUGGCUCGGCACCAGCACGCUGCUGGCGCAGAUCGUGCGCGGCCUGGCGCAGGGCUCGCCGCCGGCCGCCGCCGCCGGGCCCGGGGACGUGCCCUGCGACUCGUGCCCCCGCCAGCAGCCGCUGAAGGCCGAGCGCUCCUGCCUGCAGUGCCUGGCCUCCUACUGCCGGGGCCACCUGCAGCCGCACCGCCAGAGCCCGGCUUUCCGCCACCACCGCCUGGCGCCGCCGCUCCGCGACCUGGGGCUGCGCCGCUGCCCCGCCCACGGCAAGCCGCUGGAGAGCUACUGCCGCACCGAGCGCCGCUGCCUGUGCUGGGUGUGCGCCCUGCGCGACCACCGCGACCACCAGGUCAGCACGGUGGAGGAGGAGGCGGCCCGCAGACAGAAGCUGAUCAUGCAACGGAAGAGGGAACUGGAGGAACAUUUACAAAGCACAGCCAAUGAGAUUGGAAAGUGGAUUCAAAACAUCGACUGCAUUAAGGAGUCCACCCAGCGGGUGAAGGGCGACACCUUGGCCAAGUUCAGCGAGUUGAUCGGCGCAGUGGAGGCGGCGCAGAGGGAGGUGGUGGGGCUCAUCGAGCGGGAGCGGCAGGCCGAGCUGAACCGGGCCGAGCGAGUCAGGAAGGAGCUGGAGCAGAAGUGGACGGAGCUGAGACAGGAGAAAGUGCGGCUGGAGGCUCUGUCCCAGAUCGAUGACAGCAUCGCCAUCUCACAGGAGUAUCUGGAUUUUAACGACAUUGCAGAGAAUCCUGCCUCGCCACCAUUAACGACCAGCCUGGACGCUAAACUUGGCAAGGUGGAGAGAGCUGUGUCUCGGCUCUCCGCCCUGAUCAAAGAUCACGUCCAAACUGCCUGGACAAAGAACCUGGAGAACAUUGGCUCAGCAGAUGCGGAGGAAACCAGUCUGACUCCUUCGGUGAGUGCAGCCCUCCAAGAAGAGCCACUGCUUCCUGAAACAAGGAGCCGGGAGGAUCUCUUGCAGUAUGGCUGCCAGCUGUCGCUGGAUCCCAGCACGGUGCAAAAGGAGCUGUACCUGAGUGAUGACAACCAGCGAGUGACCAACAUCUACCCGAGGUCAGAGGACUAUGAGCACUGCCCUGAGAGGUUUGACGUGUGCUCCCAGGUGCUGUGCCGGGAGCCCCUGAGUGCCGGCCAGUUCUACUGGGAGGUGGAGCUAAAUGAUGGAGAUGCCAUGAUUGGGAUCACCCAUGCCCAGAUCCGCAGGAAGGGGUCGGACAAUUGCUGCAUCCUGGGACGUAACCCCUUCUCUUGGUGCGUGGAGUUCUGGUACAACAACGUCUCGGCCUGGCAUAACAACGAGGAGACGCGGCUGCAGGUGGGGAGGUACGGGCGGAUCGGUGUGUGCCUGAACUGCCCAGCCGGCACACUCACCUUCUACGGGGUCACCGAGCAGAUGGCCCUCAUCCACCAGUUCUGCGCCUCUUUCACCGAGCCCAUGCACCCAGCCUUCUGGGUCUACUGUGAUACAACUCUCAACAUCUGCCAGUGUCCUUAAACUCUGGCCCUAACCUCGGGAGCCCUUCACAGUGAAGCACUUUUCCAAUGUGGUCACAAAGAAACAAUGUGAUAAUCAGCUUUUUUUUUCCUGCGAUCUCUAUCAAGGUAUAAACAUUUGGCCCGGAUACCAGGGAGGGCUCCCCUGCUCUUCUCCUGGGUUUACCUGAGAUAGAAGGCAGGUCCUCCUCUGAAAGACGCCACCUCCAACAGUAUUGGGACUGCCCUGGGAAUAAAUAAACAGACAAUGCUGGAAAUUCUCAGCAGGUCAGGCAGCAUCUGUGGAGAGAGAAACAGUUAAGUUGCAGAGAGGAUUGGGGAGGGAUGGAUAGGGUGAAGAGGAUAUCUCUGGUAGGGUGAGACCAAAUGGGUUAAUGUGUCAAUUAGAAGCAGAUUACUUCUAUGCCUGUGUUAUGUGUUUCUUGUAGCAUAGCAGUGGGAUGUGCCCAACAGGUCAGGCUACACUAAUGGAGAGAGCAAAACACGUGGAUGAUGUACGGAAAGGGGCAGUUCUGAUAUAAGGAGAGAGAGAGAGCGAGUUCCCUAAAGUUGGAGAAUUCGAUGUUGAGUCCAGAAGGCUGUACCAGGCCCAGGCGGAGGACGAGCUGCUGUUCUACAAACUUGCGUAGGGUCUCGUUGUGACUGUACAGGAGGGUGUCUGUGAUGUUUGUGGCACAGUGUUUUGCUCUCCAUUGCUGGAGGUUUGUUGGGACUGGCAGAAAGAAGAGUGGAGAAGGAUGAAGGAUUUUGCUUUGGGGUCCAUCCACACUCUCCAUGACCAUGACUGUGGAGUCCUCCUGAAUAUUCAGGAUGGACAAGCAGCGCUCUCGGGACAGACCCAUUGGUUCAGCCUGUCCUUGCCCCACCCAAACGUUUCUUCCUACCUCGACUCCCUUAUCCCUCCCCACUUACGUCACUGACCCUCUUGUUGCCCUCCAGCUCUUCAACACUCUCCAGUUCCUUGGCCUUAACUGGUUCACCCUCAGCAUGGACGUACAGUCCCUCUGCACCUCCAUCCCACAUCAGGAUGGUCUGCGGGACAGUACGUGAGGGGUUCACGAGGCAGGUUGGGCCGCGUGAGGGGUUCACGAGGCAGGUUGGGCCGCGUGAGGGGUUCACGAGGCAGGUUGGGCCGCGUGAGGGGUUCACGAGGCAGGUUGUGAUGCUUUGUCUGCGGUUCUUCCUUGAACGGAGACCCAACCAAAUCCCCUCCACCAGUACCACUCAUUUGCCGGCUGAACCUGUUCCCACCUUGAACAACUUCUUCAACUCCACUCACUCCCCCCAGAUUAAAGCUGGAGCUGUGGGCACUCAGACGGGACCGAGCGACACCUUCUUGUGCCAUACGUGAAAUAGUCCUUGUUCCCCUCCCCCAGCCUCUGCUACAUGGACCACUGCAAUGGUGCUGCUUCCUGAACUCAAUCUCCAUCUCUUUUGCAGCCAACGUCCACCCUGCUGCCAUCUUCACACCAUCCAUCUGACUCUUCCCUUUCUAGGUCUCUCAGUCUCCAUGUCAGGGGACAGGCUGGUCAUCCACACCCACUACAAGCCCACCUCAGGAGACAGACCGGUCACCCACACCCACUACAAGCCCACCCCAGGGACAGGCCGGUCACCCAUACCCACUACAAGCCCACAGACCGCCAAAGCUACCUUGAUUGUACUUCUUCCUACCCUGUCUUAUGCAAGGAUCCCAUUGCAUUCUCUCAGUAGCUCCAGUCUGUUGCAUUUGCUCUGUUGAUGAGACUUUCCACACAGGUGCCUCUGAAAUGUCUUCCUUCUUCCUGAACCAUGGCUUCCCCUCUGCCAUUGUGGGCAGAGUCCUUGAUCACACCUCUGCUCUGACCCCCUCUCCGCUGGUCUCACCUUCCACUCCAUCUCUGCAUAGAACAGAAUGUCCUUUGCAUUUCUGCCCCCUCCAAGGUUCCGCCACCAGGCAGACAUUCCCCUCCCCUUCCAGCAGCUCAUGGUGAUCACUCCAUUUACGUCUCCCUGGUCCACUAGUCCAUCCCCACUAAUCACUGCCCAUCGUACUCAGCAGCACCAGUCCUUUCACCUCUUCCCACCAUCCAGGGACCCACUCAGUCCUGCAAGGAAAGGCAGUGGUUCAAGUACACUUGCUCCAAUCUCGUGCCGUGCAGUUGGUGCUCACUGUGUGGCCUCCCUGACACUGGAGAGCCGAGACACAGAUCGGCUGAUUGUGUUGUGGGGUAUCUGCAUUUAUUCAGCAGGAGGGAUCCUGGGCUUCUCGUUACCUCUCCCGUUAAAUCCCCAUCCCACCCCCAUCCUGAUGGAGAGAUUGAUGGGUCUCGACCUGAAAUGUGGACUGUCCAUUUCCCUCACAGAUGCUGCCUGAGUCCCUCCAGCAUCUUGUUUCUGCUCCAGAUUCCAGCAUCUGCAGUCCCUUGUGUCCCCAUCCUGUCGGUCUGUGACCUUUCGCACUGUGAAGAGGCCAAAUGCAAGCUGGAGGAUCAGCACCUGGGAACGUUGCAGCCUUCUGGACUCAAUACUGAAUUCUCCAACUUUGGUGAAGUCACCCUCUUUCUGCAUGUAUCAGAACUGUCCGUCUGCCAGUCAUCCAUCUGUGACUUGGACGUUUCUCUCUCUCUGGUGCAGACUGGUGUGUUGGGCAUGUCCCGCAGCCCUGUUGUUGGCAGCACAAUGCAGACAAAGCAGCAUGAUCUGCCCCUAACUGCCUCAUGAAUUGAUCUAGUCUCACCCUAUCAGAGAUAUUCCCUUUGUUUAACCUGCUUCUCCCCAACUUCUCUCCCACUCAAAGCGAACUUGUUUUCUCCCUCAGGGAGACAAAAGCCUGCAGACUGGAGGGCAACACACAAUCUGCCGGAGGAACUCAGCGAGUUGAACAGCAUCUCUGCAAGGAAAGGAACUGUCGACGUUUCGGGUGAAAUUGUCAGUUCCUUUCCCCCACAGAUGCUGCUCGACCCGCUGAGUUCCUCCAGCGGAUGGUUUGUUUUCUCUCUUUCCCACUUGUGAUGAAGGGACUUCAACCUCAAGCAUGAACUGUUUUUCUCUCUCCACAGAUGCUGACUGACUUGCUGAAUGUUUUCAGCUUUUUCUGUUUUCAGAUUUUAAUCAUCUGCGGUUUUUUAAAGUUUUAUAUUCAGUGCAGAACAACGUAUCUAUCUAUAUCUAUUGGUGUUGUAUCCAGAAUAUUGGCAUUGAAGCCUCAUUUCAAUAAUAUCAAGGGUAUUCUCUGAUAGCAGUUAGCGUAGCGCUAUUACAGUGCCAGCGACCUGGGUUCAAUUCCGGCCGCUGCCUGUAAGGAGUUUGUACGUUCUCCCUGUGUCUGCGUGGGUUUCCUCCGGGUGCUCUGGUUUCCUCCCACAUUCCAAAGACGUACAGGUUAGGAAGUUGUGGGCAUGCUAUGUUGGCACCGGUAGCGUGGCGACACUUGUGGGUUGUCCCCUGAACACUAUGCAAAAGGUGCAUUUCACUGUGUUUCGAUGUACAUGUGACUAAUAAAUAAAUAUCUUGUAUCUUACAUACCGCAGAGAUUUCACUGUGUACUGAAGCUUUGGUCUGUCCUGCCAGUGAAUUGAAUAAAUUUCAAUGUGCAUCAUG